AUGCAUUUACAUUAUCUCUCCGUCUUGGCGGCUUUGGCCAGUUGCUCCAUUCCAGCUGCUGCCCAUGUGCCACAACAACCAAGAGAUCAAGGGACUUGCAAGAAGACCACUGUUGCUAUUCUGGGAGGUGGAAUUGCCGGUAUCACGGCGGCUCAAACAUUGUCUAAUGCCUCGGUUCAUGAUUUUACUAUUAUUGAGUAUCGGGAUACAAUUGGAGGCCGAGCUUGGCACGAACCAUUUGGCAAGAACCCGCACACCGGAAAACCGUAUACCAUUGAGAUGGGAGCGAAUUGGGUACAAGGCCUCGGGAACCCAGGUGGUCCUCAAAAUCCGAUCUGGACUCUGGCGCAGAAAUAUCAUUUGAAGACUUAUUACUCCGACUAUGACAAUAUUUCGACGUACAAUGAAAAUGGGUACGCGGACUAUAGCCACCUGCUGACUGAAUAUGAUAACGCCUACAGUAUUGCCAAUAUGAAGGCUGGCGAGAUCCUGAAGAAUAAUCUCCAAGACCAGACAGCUCAAUCUGGCCUGGCACUGGCUGGUUGGAGCCCUGGUAAACAUGAUAUGGAGGCGCAAGCGGUUGACUGGUGGAAAUGGGACUUUGAGGAUAAUUUCAACACACUGGAGAGCUCUCUUGUUUUCGGCUGUGCUGGUGAUAAUCUGACCGAGAACGUUUUCAGUGAUCACGAUAACUUCGUAACUGAUCAGCGCGGGUUCAACACUAUCAUCAAGGGAGAAGCUGCUACGUUCCUCAAGCCAAAUGAUCCACGGCUGCACCUCAAUACGCAAAUCACGGAGAUCUCAUACUCAGAUGAUGGAGUCACCAUCCACAACAAAGAUGGUAGCUGUAUCUCAGCCGCCUACGCCAUUUGCACCUUCUCCUUGGGCGUCCUGCAAAGCGAUGAAGUCAAAUUCACCCCCAGCCUCCCGGAAUGGAAACAAACAGCUAUUCAAAAAUUCACAAUGGGCACCUAUACCAAGAUUUUCAUGCAAUUUAAUGAAACAUUUUGGCCAACAAAUACCCAAUAUUUCCUCUACGCCGACCCCGGCCUCCGAGGCUGGUAUCCUGUCUUCCAAUCCCUCUCAAUGCCACAAUUCCUCCCAGACUCCAACAUCCUCUUCGUGACCGUUACAAACGAGUUCUCCUGGCGAGCAGAGCGCCAAUCAGACGAACAAACCAAACGUGAAAUAAUGGACGUUCUCCGCAAGAUGUUUCCUGAAAAAACAAUUCCUGACCCAACAGCCUUCCUCUACCCGCGCUGGAGCACCGAGCCUUGGGCCCGCGGUAGCUACUCCAAUUGGCCCCCAGGAACAACUCUCGAGAUGCACGAGAACCUACGAGCGAAUACGGAUCGACUCUGGUUUGCGGGUGAGGCGACUAGUCCGACGUACUUUGGCUUCUUGCAGGGUGCCUGGUUUGAGGGACGGGAUGCGGGACGGCAGAUUGCGGCUAUCUUGCAGGAUCGGUGUGUUCAUGCUAAUUCUACUAAAUUAAGGGAGUGUGGGGCUAGGAGGCAUUAUGAGGUUUUGCAUGGAACUUCGCCUUUAGCUGAUUAUUCGGCUGUGAAUGGGUGGACGGCGAAUAGUUUCUAUGAUGGUAACUCGGAUUAG